AUGGAAGACAACGGACACACCAGUGAAUCACUGGCAGUGAUUACGGUCCUACUCCCCCAGCUAGGAUCAUCCGAUCCCGAGAUCUCGUUGUGGGAAAGCGAGAAGACGAUGGAAGGCGGAACGUCCGAACGUCGGAACACGAGCAAGCCUGGGAUUCCAGUCAAAAUUCUUGGACACUACAGAUUCUGCAGAUGUGAAACGAAGAGGCGGAUUGAAUCACACGCCUGCAAGUACAGCGGCGUGACGCCGCCGACGUCCUCCUGCUCAAGUCUGUUCGGCACAUCCAGGUGGCUUUGA